AUGCUCCCUCCACAACAUGUAGAGGCUUCCCAUAACACAGUUGACCCCCAGCCCGCACUUCUUCCAAAGGCUACUCAUGAAACCACCAUAAAUUCUUGGGAACUAGUCCCAAGCGUUGUCUUCCCAAACCUUCACGGCACGAUUUGUCAGUUGGCUUCGCGUCUCGCGACUGAUCCCGAUAUCUAUCUGCAACGGCUUCCAUAUCACACUGUUAUUACAAGUUAUGGAGGUCCACAAAAGAUAGCGGAGAUGUUGCUGGGGUGGGUUGACCCUCAUAUUAGGGCACUUGAAGGUAGACUGCUUCAGGCAGGAGAGCUUCUUAGUAUCCAGGCACGUCAGAAUAACAUUUGGAGCCCAAAUGGAGGCUAUGUGGACAUCGUCACAGACUUAAGAAACAACGAAUACUGGCGUGCCUACCCUGGUCAGUCUAAGGGUCCAUCAGAUCGCAUAAAAACCCAUAAUCGAGCAGUUCUGCGCGGAUCUAGGAGCACACUACACUAUUAUGUCAUUGCGCAGGGACAAGGAUAUCGAGCAGCGAACUGGCUUAAGCUUUGGGAAGUACCAAACAAUACUCAGCUAUCAUGCACUUCUCGGGCUGUGGCUCUCAAUGUCCUAGAAAUGACGAUGUGUCGCGCUUUCCAGUCACUUCCAGGGAGCACUUUAGAGGCUUAUUAUGGGCCAAGUGAGGACGGGAACCCCUACUCCAAUCUUGGGUUGAAUAUCAUUCCUCCUGUUUUCCAAGGACUCUCUCUUGGGCCUUCAGUACGAAAGUCCUUCUCCCUUGGUUUAGAAAAAUCCCCGGAUCCUGACAUUCGUGGAUGGCCCCAAUUUCGUUACGAAUAUGGAAAAAAGGCUGAGAAGUCCAAUAUCAACUUUCAGCGCCCAUUAAUGCGAUCCUCGGAGUUUCAUGCCCGUUUUCGAGAAGCGAUUCAGCAUCUCCAGCUAAGCCAGUCUUUCUGCGGCAGCGAGUCCCUACCACACUCAGUUUUAAAUAAUUCCGAGAUUUUGAACCUGUUAAAAACGGACCUAGAGCCAAUAGAUCUUCCCUGGGUCCAGCCUAACGGAAAUUUUGAAGCGCUGGUCGGCUUCGUACUGGAAGAUUUCCUUGAUGCAGAAUCAGCAAAUUCGAGCAACAAAAAGAUAUCUAUUCCGUGCCAAUUCCUGGAUAGUGGCUGGAACAUGACAAACUCUCUAACCUGGGCUGCAAACCCGAUGCAGAGAGAUUUGGCUGAAAUGACGCAGUCCUUCCGGUCAACCCAGGGGAGUGAGACUGAAUUAUUGAUUGGAUUCAACCAAACAAUUAUCCAGAAUAGUGGAUUACGAGUGAUUCUUAUGUGUGGGCGUGCAGCGCGGGAUCUUGUUCUACCCACAGGAUGCGAGGAAACAUGCCUUAAGCUAGAAUCUGGGGAGUUUCCUAUGUUUUUUGACAUCGAAAACGAGGCUAUCAAACGGAUCUAUGUUCUAAUACCCAAUCCGAUUGAUGCAUUUCUAAUCCGAGAAUGGCGAAAAACUCACAAAAUAUCUGAGGCGCUUCAUUUCACAUCAGUGAUCACCAGGACCGUUGGUAUUCGCCCCUACGCUGGUGAUAAUGGAUGUGUCCUGACAAAGGCCAUCCGAGAUCACAUGGAUGAAGAGAAAGGAAUUCAGGAACCUCUAACACUCAAAACUCUCCACCCAAUGACUCGUCUUUGGCUUACACGUAGAGGGUUUGCAAAAGAUGAGGACAUCUCUCUCUUGCAAGAAAAAACAGGUGGGAGUCUUACCAACGCAAUCCUUGUCUUGCUGCAUAUUGCCCCACGUCAUUUUCGAAACGCCCCCACGACGUCUUCUAUGAGCUCAUUCCGCAGAUCAGAGAAACGCCAUGCUCCAGAGUUUAACAUCGAUAAAGCACAACUUGAAGCUGUUCGAGAUCUUUGUGACCAAUUGAGUGAGAAGCUCCCGGUCGAUUUCGGCCAUCCUAGUGAUGGUUUAAUCCAAUGUAUCAAAUCCAGGGAGGAAGAGUUGGAGGAUGAUGUCGGGGAGGCUGAUAUUCGAGAGAGAGAAGACUUGGAAACUUCUGGAAUUUGUGUUGAUGGCCACGGGAUCUUUACACUUGCCAUUGAGACCCCAGUUACUCCAUGGGAGAGGAAAAAGCCCCGUGCAGGUGCUGGUGAUCGAAACUUCACUGUUGGAGACAAAACUCGAGAGCAACUCUUGCAAGGCCGCAAAUAUCUAGGGAAUCGGACAAGAAGGCAGGGAUGGUUUAUUGUGACUAUACAUUCAUGCAUAGAGCUUUUCCUUCGCAUUCGGGAACCUCCACAGGAAGUCAUUGUUAAAGCCGAGAUCAAGUCACCCGGCCAGCGACAUCCACACACUUGGGCUCAAGAAGCGCUAGCUACUGACACUGGGUCACGGUUGGCGUUUUUCGUUACAUAUACAAGGGAUUCUAUGGAAACCUCAUCCUAUGUGACCUCAAAUCUGGUCAGAGAUCUCUAUAAAGCCAACUCAUUCGUUCACUGGAUGGAGGGGGAAGACGUUGCAGACAUUAUUGCAAGGCCAAGGCAGUUUGUUGUUGUGAGCUCAUUGACCGUAACCCUUCCUCGGGGUAUCUCACAGCCUGGCUCUUUCUACACGGACGACCUAGCCAAGCUCCUUGUCAGCCUGAUGGUAUGGCAUGAUCCGUAA